AUGUUGAAAAGACAAAGAGAAACGAGUUCAGAACCCGCUGUUAAGCAAAGAAGGUUGGAACAGAAGCUUCUCUCCUUACCAGUACAUGGAAAAAGACCUAUACUGAAGGCAGGACUGUCAUGGACGGUCAAAGGAAAGGAUGAAGGCGCCCAAGGGUCUUUCCUGUUUGACACCGGUUGUACAGGAGCUGUUACGGGCAUGUCAAGCAUUUACGGGAGUGAGAGAAAGGCUAGUAGAUACCCCAAUACCCUCUGUACGCUAAUAUCAACUCUUGACCACACUCGCGGAGUGUGA